AUGGGUGUUUCUGUUCUUAUUUCUCCAUCCUGUCCUUAUCCUGUCACUCAGAUUCCAAUGUCAUCUAACUAUGCUUUGGCCGUCAAGAUUGGUUCCCUCAGAAUUGUAUGCCUGUACUUACUGCCCACUAUGUCCACCCAUGAUGCUCUUGCAGUUCUCUCAUCCAUUCCUUUGACCAAUGACACUAUUAUAUGCAGCAAUUUUAAUUCAUGUUUGGGUUCACUUACUGAAGAAUGUGCUCUUACUGUUGUCAAUGGCCAGCUCUCACCAUGCACAUCUACAUUCAUUUCAUUCCACCAAAACGUAGAGAUAAGCAGUAUUAUUGAUCUGCUUAUCACUAAUAUGUCCCUCACCAAUGCCACUCUCAACAUUCAUACCAACCUCUCACUCAACUCUGACCACCAACACCCUCCUCCCUCACGUCUACCAAUUGAUACACUAACAGAUGAAUUAAACUCACUCAUUUACAAUUAUCUUACUAGCUCAAUUGGCAACCGUCCUCCCUGUCCUCCCCAUUGGAAAAAAUUCUGGAAUUCAGUACUCCAAGCAGCUGCAGGGCACCGCAAUUUCUGCUACAAGAAAUGGCACCGUGUAUGUGGCAUAGACAGAAUCCAUUGGUGGGAUAAGCAUCUCAAAGUGCAGGCAGAAUUCUGA